AUGGAUGUCUUUUUGGAUAUUCUCGAUACAUUGAUCCUCGACCGAUGCUAUGCAUUUCUCUCGCCAGAUCUGAAUGCUAGUCUUGAAAGUCACAAAUUCACAGACUCCCAAUUGAAUCGACAUGUUAAGAUUUACUAUCCUAUGCAACCCUCUAAAUGGGCCGAGGCCAGUCUUUGGAAACGAGAUGAUCUUGCCAGGCAAGCAUUAUCAUUAUACUUGAUUACUUGGUUGUUCGCAAUGAUCAUGUAUUUGCUCGGCAGUCUUGUACUAUACCACACAUUAUUCGACAAAAGACUACUCCGACACCCCCGAUUUCUUACAAACCAGAUGCAACUCGAGAUUAAACAAGGCCUUUCCGCCAUCCCAGUAAUAACCGUCCUUACGGUCCCGUUCUUCAUCGCAGAAAUUCGCGGUUGGUCCAAGCUAUAUGACUUCACAAGCGAAUCCCCAUUCUGGGGAUACACAUUGUUACAAUAUCCGUUCUUCAUCUGCUUCACUGACAGCGGAAUAUACUGGAUCCAUCGCGGCUUGCACCACCCUCUCGUCUACCGCUGGCUUCAUAAACCACACCACAAAUGGGCCGUUCCGACACCUUUUGCUAGCUACGCGUUUCACCCGCUGGACGGAUGGUCGCAGAGUCUACCAUAUCAUAUUUUCCCGAUGUUGUUUCCUUUGCAGAAAAGUGCAUAUUUGGGAUUGUUUGUUUUUGUGACGAUGUGGACGGUUUUGAUCCAUGACGCCGAGUAUCUCCCAACAUCUGAGAUUAUCAACGGCGCUUCAUGUCAUACGAUGCACCACCUUUAUUUCAAUUAUAAUUAUGGGCAGUUUACAACAGCCUGGGAUCGUCUUGGAGGAACUUAUCGGAAGCCCAAAGGCGAUGCUUUCAUGGAGAACCAGCAAGGCACAGAGAAGACCGCUGAUAAAUUUGAUUAG